AUGUCUACCGCGGCAAGACGUCGUCUAAUGCGUGACUUCAAGCGCAUGCAGAUGGAUCCUCCGGCCGGUGUUUCCGCCUCACCCAUCCCUGAUAAUGUGAUGACAUGGAAUGCCGUCAUUAUCGGACCCGCCGACACGCCCUUCGAAGACGGAACUUUUCGACUGGUGAUGCAAUUCGAGGAACAGUAUCCCAACAAGCCGCCACAGGUCAAAUUUAUCAGUCAAAUGUUCCACCCGAACGUGUAUGCAACGGGGGAGCUAUGUCUUGAUAUCCUGCAAAACCGCUGGAGUCCGACAUAUGACGUCGCAGCUGUCUUGACGAGUAUUCAAAGUUUGCUCAACGACCCAAACACUGGGUCACCUGCAAAUGUCGAGGCGUCGAACCUGUACAAAGACAACCGCAAAGAAUAUACAAAGAGGGUGAGAGAAACGGUCGAGAAGAGUUGGGAGGACUAG